AUUUGAAUUACUAAGGACAUGGCAUGAUGGUGAGAUAGAUGCCCUUGGAGAAUAAAAGGAGAUAUAAACAUGGCGAGCCAGGGAGAUAACUGCGAAGGCUAUAGUUCGAUUGAGAUUGAAGAAGAUUCUAACAGUCGUUUGGUAACUUAUGUUAGAGGAAUGAUAGAUGCCGUGCCUCCUAUAUCCCCUGAUUGUUGCAUCUACAGAGCUCCUCUGGGCGUUCGCCAAUUGAACGAAAAUGCCUACACACCUCAAAAGGUUUCGAUCGGCCCUCUUCAUCAUGGCAAAGAAAACUUGUUACCCAUGGAAGAGCAAAAGUUGAGGUACUUGAGCACAUUUCUUGAUCGCACUGAAUUGAGUUUGGAAGAUUGUAUAAGCUUCGUAAGAGGAUUAGAACAGAGAGUUCGCAAUUGUUACGUAGAAAGUGUUAACCUUAGUAGCGAUGAAUUCGUGAAAAUGAUUCUUGUCGAUAGUAGCUUCGUAAUUGAGGUCAUUUGGCGGUACAACUUCUUGAUGCGACAAAACAAGACGGAUUACUUAAGCCAGCCCAUUUCCCUGGUUGAUGUUGUACGGAGAGAUAUGAUUUUACUGGAAAACCAAAUUCCUCUUUUUGUUAUAGAAGGUCUAUUCAAUCUCGCAGUUCUUCCUCACCCAAAAACUGGUGAACUUUCCUUUGUUCAGCUUUCUAUCAAUUACCAUUUCAGUAGUGCAUCGCGACACAACCACAUCCCCCAAACAAGCUCAAAUUCAGAAGCAAAGCAUUUCGUUGAUUUGUUGCGAUUAUGCUAUUUGCCCUCAACCCUUAGAUCACUCCCACCGAAUAGGAUCAAAUUGGUGACCAUACCGACUGCAAGAGUUCUCCAAGAAGUUGGAUUGAGUAUUAGGAAGGGGUCGAGCAUUCAAGUACUUGACAUACAAUAUGCCGAGGGGGUUUUGACAAUCCCACAAUUUGGCAUCCACGAUGAUUCAGAAUUCGAACUUAGAAACCUCAUUGCCUUUGAGAUUUGCCAUUGCCUAAGUGAUAGCUACAUAAUCGAUUACGUUGUUUUCAUGGAUUCCCUAAUGGACACUGCACAAGAUGUGGAUAUCCUCGCUCAAGACGAAAUUUUCGAGAGCUUGCUUUUCGAUCAUGCUUCGGUUGCAACUCUUUUUCACAAUCUUACGUUAGGAGUAGUGUGGUUUUCUGGCAACUACUACUACCAGGGUUUAUGUCAAGAGGUCAAUGCAUAUUGCAAAGUUCCGUGGAACAAGUGGAAGGCAAUUAUGAAACACGAUUAUUUUAGCACUCCGUGGAGAAUCGUUUCUAUUGUUGCUGCAGUCGUACUACUAGUGCUUACUUUGAUACAAACAGUUUGCUCUGUCAUCUCUAUUUUGCAUUAAGGCUAGCAUAUGUUAUGGAAGACUGUACCAACAUUGAGUUGAGUUUUUUUAGGUGUUUUACCGGCUUUGUCCCUUGGGUGUAUGGGCUUUUGCUCUUUUGGUGUUUCACGCUCAAUGUACCCUUUUUCGAGUUUUAAUAAAAUCUAUGUUGCCGAUUAAAAAAAAAAAA